CGUCUUAGAAAAAUUCAACGGCGUUCUCGUGCGUAAUUGGCAUAAACGAUUUGGCACAUUUCGAAGCGUAACUUAUCUUUCCUCUUUAUCGCGCACGAUCUCGAUAGACGGUUGCCAAAAAGGAAGAAACAUGUGUGUACGUACGUUGGUUGGUACCGAAAGCAAUGAGCCGGUAGUGGUAUUCAGUAAUCAGAGCAAGCUUCAAAAAGCAAAAGAGAAAUAUAUAAAGUUACACGACGACCUGGUCGCCAAGGACCUGGAGAUAAUUAAGCAGCGAAAAAAUGAAACUAUCUUCAUACCAGAACUAGCAGAUGACAUUUUAAGGGCCAGUACGAUAAAUUACAGCUGGGUUCUGAAAGCUUUAUCCAAAUACUACGAGGCGAUACAACAAACAAAAAUCUUCAAAAUCCUGUUUCACACGACACAACCGGCUCAUGUAAUUAUGAUAGCAGCAGUUUUGUGCGUGACAUCGGCCCUCGUACCAACCACAGACAGAAUGCACGUUGGACAUCCACAAUCGAGAGCAACGUCUUUCAUUUACCUUGCUUCCUUCGUGAUGCAUCUUGGUGCCCAAAUUUGGAUGACUUUUGUAUCUGGUCUUUCCUUAUACUUUGCAUUGCCAAGGCAUACGUUUGGAGAGGUGCAACGCGUCUUAUUCCCCAGAUACUUCACUAUCAACGCGUGUCUCAGCCUUAUCACACUUCUAAUUUUCGUCAAACAUCAUCCUGUACACACCUGGGACACUGAAAUAUCCAUUCAGGUGGGUGGUAUGUCCAGUGCCUUUUUCCUGGAGCUACUGAUAAGACUUUAUCUAACCCCACCUCUCCUACAACUAAUAGUGCAGAAGAACACCCUAGAACGUGCUGCUGGUGUCGGCAACGAGAUUGGUGUUCACAAUCCUGGUCCACUGAAACACUGCCCUCACUAUUUAAAGAUUCAUCAAGCUUUCAGACGUGUCCAUGUUUACAUAGCAAUGGGAAACAUGCUGACCAUGGGAUGUACAGUGUUACAUCUUCAUUAUAUAGCUAGCAAAUUGUGCGUUCUUUAA